CCGGAUGGUGAGGCGAGAGCGCGGCGCGGGGCGCACUCGGGGGGUGGCGCCGCCGGAGCGGGCUCCCCUAUGGACGAGCAGAGCCCGCUGUCUCCCAAGGCCAACGCGUUCAGUAUCGCCUCUCUGAUCGCAGCGGCGGCCGAGCGCGCCGGCCGGGAGGCCGCCCCGGGCCUGGCCAAGGCAGCGGCCGCAGGAACUGGCGGCCCCCAGCAGAGGAUGCAUUUCAGCACCGUCACCAGGGACAUGGAAGCCUUCACCGCCAGCAGCCUGAGCAGCCUCAGCGCCCCGGGGGGCUACCACCUCGCGCCCUCCCCGGCCGGGGACCCCUACGGCCAGCACGAGCCGCCUCCUCGCUACGAUCCCUGCGCAGCCGCCGCCGCUGCCGCCGCUGCCGCGCCGCCCCACGGCUACCCUUUCGCGGCCCCCGGCGGCGGCGGCAGCGGCGGCCCCAACGCUCCGGCCCCCGGCGGCGGCGGCGGUGAGCCCGAUGGAGCCGGGGCCAGCUGUGCCUCGGCCGGGCCGGGCCCGGGGGCCGUCGCCAGCAAGGCGCCCGUCAAGAAGAACCCCAAGGUGGCCAACGUGAGCGUGCAGCUGGAGAUGAAGGCGCUCUGGGACGAAUUCAACCAGCUGGGCACCGAGAUGAUCGUCACCAAAGCCGGCAGGCGCAUGUUCCCCACUUUCCAGGUGAAGAUUUUCGGCAUGGACCCCAUGGCCGACUACAUGCUGCUCAUGGACUUCGUGCCGGUGGACGACAAGCGGUACCGGUACGCCUUCCACAGCUCGUCGUGGCUUGUGGCGGGCAAGGCUGACCCUGCCACCCCCGGCCGGGUCCACUACCACCCGGACUCCCCGGCCAAGGGCGCCCAGUGGAUGAAGCAGAUCGUGUCCUUCGACAAGCUCAAACUCACCAACAACCUGCUGGAUGACAACGGCCACAUCAUCUUGAACUCCAUGCACAGAUACCAGCCCCGCUUCCACGUGGUCUACGUGGACCCUCGCAAGGACAGCGAGAAGUACGCGGAGGAGAACUUCAAAACCUUCGUGUUCGAGGAGACCCGCUUCACGGCGGUCACCGCCUACCAGAACCACAGGAUCACGCAGCUCAAGAUCGCUAGCAACCCCUUCGCCAAAGGCUUUCGGGACUGCGACCCGGAGGACUGGCCUCGCACCCACCGGCCGGGCGCCCUGCCUCUCAUGAGCGCCUUCGCCCGCUCGCGGAACCCAGUGGCCUCGCCCGCCCAGCAGAACGGGACUGAGAAAGACGCUGCCGAGAGCCGCAGGGAGUAUGAGCGGGAAGCCAGCGGGACCCCCCUGCACGCCGAUCCGGCCCACCAGCAGCUCAUGUCCCGGGUGUUGAGCCCAGCGCUGCCCGUCCCGGGCGCCGGAGGCCUGAUGCCGAUCCCGGCCACUGCGGGGGGCAGGCCGAGCCCUCCGCACCACGAACUGCGCCUGGAGGCGCCCAGCGCCUCGGAGCCCCUGCACCAUCACCCCUACAAGUACCCGGCGGCCGCCGCGGCCGCGGCCGCCGCCUACGACCAUUACCUCGGGGCCAAGAGCCGGCCGGCGCCCUACCCCCUGCCCAGCAUCCGGGGGCACGGCUACCCGCACCCUCACCACCACCACCACCAUCACCACCACGUGAACCCCGCGGCCGCGGCCGCAGCGGCGGCCGCCAACAUGUACUCCUCGGCCGGAGCUCCGGGCAACUACGACUAUGGGCCAAGAUAACCCGCCUGCGCCGCCCCGGCCCGGCCAGCCGAGAUCCCUCCGCCCUCGGCCCCCAGCCCACCCCCACCCCGAGCUCGACUGGCGCGCCUGGGGCCACUCUCCAGCCCUGGAGUCCACUCCCUCCUAAGGGGGCCUCGGAUCUCCCUGGCCAGCACCCCUCCGUCCAUCCGGGGCCCGCCCCGCUGGACAUCCAUCCAGGCGGGCUCCUUCCUGGCCCCAGCGUCGGUCUAGCCCAGCCCAGCCCAGCCCAGCCCAGCCCAGCCCAGCCCCAGCUCCCGCCCCCAGGCCGCAGAUGGUGUGCCGCAUGCUGUGUGCGCUCCCUCCGCUCCAUAGCGUGUGUCUGUCCGCGGAGGGGCUUUUGUGCUGAAGUGGGAACGUUGCCAUUUUGAGAUGAUGGUUUUUGCCUGCCCCCCCCCCCCCAAGCCCUUCUCCCGGGCCCCCUCGGCCCUCGCCUCCUUUCCCCAGCCGCCUGGGGAGCCAGCUCUGAGCCGUCCUUCUCUCUCCUCCCAAGUCCUGGGGCUCCAGCUCUUCCCCUGGCACGCUGUGUCCUGAGGUCCUCGCUCAGCCUUGGCUGCCCCCGCCACUGUGGAUUGGCCCUCCACCACUGGGGAAGGGGCGGGGCGCUUUGGAGCGGCACUAUGGGGCAAGUAGGACCUCGGGCCAGGAGGCAGGGGCAGCGUAAUGAGGGAAACUGAGGUCCAGAAAGGAAAAAAGAGCCCCUCCCCAUGUGAUAGGGCAAACCCGACGCCUACAGAGCUGAGAGAACCCCUUUUUACAAAGGGGGGAAACUGAGGCCAAGAGAGCUUAGAGAUUCUCUGGUCCACUUGCUCCCCCUAGGUGCCAGGCCCUGUGCUAGGUUGGGGGCGGGGAUGCAAAAAGAGGCAAAAGGCAGCCCCCGCCCUCUAGGAGCUCACAGUCUAAUAGGGGAGACAACGAGCAACAAGCUACUGACAGAAUAUUUUGGAGAUAAUUCAUCUAUUCCCUUUUUACAGAGGAGGAAACUGAGGCCUGGAGAUCUCCGAGUCUCCAGUCCAUCUGUCUCCCUUUACAGAGAAGGCUUUUUUCAUUCACCAGGCCUUAAAGGUCCACUUGCUCCGUGUCUGGUGAAAGUAAACCGUUUGCCCUCCAGGCGCUUCUAUUCUAAAAGCGGCUGCCCCGGUCAGCAGGGGGAGGUUGUGGCAGAGCCCGGCUUCAGAAGCUAGCUGUCCUGUCACCCAGGGAUCUCUGAAGGAUGCACCCCGGGCAAGCCAAGAAGUCCUGGAGCUGGAAGGGACCUUGGGGACCAUUUAAGUCCAAAUUCCUCUCUGUGCCACCCAGGACAAGUGGUUUUGAGGACCUGCUGUGCCAGGGACCUCACUACCUGUGGUGCAGCCCAUUCCAUUUUCUCGGGUCUCUCCGGCCUGGUGUGAUUUAUGCCCACGGGGAGCUCUGCUGGCAGGAUUAGAUCUGAAUUGAGGAGAAAGGCCCCAGUUUGGUGGAUGGGGUUCGAGCCAAAGCUGGAAGGGCUCCGGGGCUUCCGUGCAACUGGGAACUCCCUGGGCGAAGCAGAUAGACUCAGAGAGGGAGAAGAGGCAGGUUCGACCCAGGCCUUCUCACUCCAAACCCAGUAUUGCCUCCUCUGUUCCAGGAGGCCCUUCCUCGGGCCUCAGUUUACUCCUCUGUCAGAAGGGCCCUCUCCAAAUGAAUUCUCUUUGGACUGUGAUUUGGGGGGCUCUUCCGGGGUACCGGCAGCUCCAUCCUCACCGGUUGGGAAGAGUCCAGAGAUGCUCUCCACCAAUGACUUGCUUGUUGAAAGAGGAGGAGCCCGGUCAGGGCUUGCCCUUGGCUAGGCUGCCCUGUGGUCAGCGCCUCCCCUUCCCCAGGCCACAGGGCAGGACUUGGGGCUCCCCAGGCUCCCCGCCCCCUCCCACACGUGUGCUGGCUCUCCCAGGCGUGGAUUUUCUUUGAUUUUUGUUGUUGUUGCAGUGGAUUGUGGAACUGUUCGUGUCUGACAAAAGCCCCCUCCAGCCCCUGUCCCUCCCCCGGCUCCGGCCUUGCCAUGGAUCGAUCGCUCUGUUCCUUGUCCACAGAUUAGUGCCAAAGCUUUGGGUCAAACGUUUAAUGAAGUUCUAUUUAUUUUUCUCCCAGAGAUGAUGCAGCCCCGCCCCCUCUUCCUGGGUAGUUGCCGCGUAAGGAAAGGCAAGUGACCCCCGAGGCAUAUCUGCAACGGUGUAGAUACUGUAGAUAUGUGUAGAUACGUGUAGAUAACACACCGCUACCUGCAAUUGACAAUAUCGGACAUGGACGCUCAGAACCUG